AUGUUUCCCAAGAGAGGCUUCUUGUUCCUACAGAAAAGGGCCAUAUCGGGCACCAAGACAGCAACUACAACUCCGUCGGCCCCCAAAAGACGCAGAAGUACAACAUUUUCCGAUGCCCUCAAUAAGGGUCCGUCGUUCGAGGAUUUUGUCAACGGGAAGGCUGCCCGCGUCGUUUUGGAUCCUUUGCAGCAAGCAAGGCAAAAUACAGAGGAGACCACCAGGCUGCCAAAGUGGCUCAAAGUGCCUAUCCCAAAAGGGUCCAACUUCCACAAAUUGAAGAAAGAUGUACGAGAGUUGAAACUCAGCACCGUGUGCGAGGAGGCCAAGUGUCCUAACAUCGGAGAGUGUUGGGGCGGGGACGACAAGUCCAAAGCCACCGCGACCAUCAUGCUGUUGGGUGAUACUUGUACUCGUGGAUGUCGGUUCUGCUCUGUCAAGACCGAUAGGACACCUGCGAAGCCGGAUCCAAUGGAACCCGAAAAUACGGCGGAAGCCAUUUCUAGAUGGGGCCUGGGUUACGUGGUGUUGACUACGGUUGACAGAGAUGAUUUACCAGAUGGUGGAUCGCACCACCUGGCGGAAACUGUACAAAAGAUAAAACAAAAGUCUCCGAAGACUUUGGUGGAAACGUUGUCAGGAGAUUUCAGAGGUGAUCUUGACAUGGUCAAAGUCAUGGCACAAAGUGGAUUAGACGUAUAUGCUCACAAUUUGGAGACUGUGAAGGAGUUGACUCCGCAUGUAAGAGACAGGAGAGCUACUUACGCCCAAUCUCUCAGCGUAUUAAACCAUGCUAAGAAGUGUGUUCCAACUGUUCUGACGAAAACGUCUCUGAUGCUCGGACUGGGUGAGACUGAUGAGCAGGUGCUACAAACGCUAAAGGAUUUGCGGGCUAUUGACUGCGAUAUUGUAACGUUUGGGCAGUAUAUGAGACCCACAAAGAGACACAUGAAGGUUGUGGAAUACGUUAAUCCGGAAAAGUUCGACUAUUGGAAAGCAAAGGCACUUGAACUAGGAUUUCUAUACUGUGCAUCAGGCCCCUUGGUCAGGUCUUCCUAUAAAGCAGGCGAAGCCUUCAUCGAAAACGUCUUGAGAAAGAGAAAUACUCAGUAG